AUGGGGCCCCAGGCGGGGGCCCCCUGGGGGGCCCCUUCGGAGCUGCAGCUGGACACGAAGCGCAUGCGCCUGGCCUUUGCCGAGCUGCUGUCUUGCUGCAGCAGCAGCAGCAGCAGCAGCAGCAGCAGCAGGCAGCUGCUCUCCGCCUCUCCCUUCCCUCAAAAGCUCUGCAAAGAGGCGGCGCUGCCCGCGGCCUGCUGGUCAGAAGCAGCGGCGCCCGAAGCAGCAGCAGCAGCAGCAGCAGCAGCAGAAGAGCCCGCAGCAGCAGCAGCAGCAGCAGCAGCAGCAGCAAGCAGCAAAGAUGACCGCAGGUGGGCCCUCUACGCCCACGCGCUCUGUCUCGUUGCCUUUUUGCAGCGGCAGGAGAACAGAGAAAAAAGAAGAAAAGAUUUGAAAGAGUUUCCCCCAGCUGCCCACAAACAGGCCCUCACCAACGCAGCAGCAGCAGCAGCAGCAGCAGCAGCAAAGACAGCAGCAGCAGCAGCAAGGCCAGCAGCAGCAGCAGCAGAAGCAACUCCAGCAGCAGAAAGCGUGGGCCGGCUGAAGCUGGUUUGGACCGGCUCUGCGCGCCGGCGUGUCCAGGUGGCCGGCACUUUCUCGCAGCCGCCCUGGGCCGCCCGCAUAGAGCUGCCUUACGAAGCAGCCAGCGGCUGCUACGCAGUCGAGCUGCGCUGCAGCCAGCAGCAGCUGCAGCAGCUGCAGCAGCAGCAGCUGCUCAUCAAGUUCCUCGUCGACGGCCAGUGGAGCCUCGAACGCACGCUCCCCGUCCGCCAGGACGCAACGGGGAACUGGAACAAUGUGCUGGUGCCGCAGAGCGGGUCAGCAGCAGCAGCGGCAGCAGCAGCAGCAGCAGCAGCAGAAGGGAGUGCGUUUACGAGCAGCUUGGUGGCUGCUGCUUCGCGCGCCGCGACAAGCACAGCAGCGACAGCAGCAGCAGCAGCAGCAGGCAUCAACAGCAGCAGCAGCAGCAGCCUGGCUGCUUCUUCUUCCCCCGACUUGGGUUCCGCAGAAAGCCUGGAGCUGAGGGUGUUGGGGCGGCGUGGGCAGCUGUGCAGAGAAGUUUGUUUUGGUUCUUUGUUUUGCUGCCUGCUGCUGCAGCAGGAGGGGCCGCUGCUGCGCUCGCACUCCUCGCUGCUGCCUGCUGCUGCUGCUGCAGCAGGAGCUGCUUUGCUGCGGGACUUGAAGCGGCUGGAAGCCAUUUCGCUCUCAGUCUCCAGCUACCCCAGCUCCGUGCUGUCGCGUUUGCACGCCCCCGCCGUGCUGCUGGGCCUGGGCUCAGCAGCAGCAGCAGCAGCAGCAGCAGCAGCAGCAGCAGCGGGGGGAGACGGGGCGGCGCCGCCGCAGGAGCGCCUCCCCUCCCACGCCGCACACCAGCACCAGCACCAGCACCAGCAGCAGCAGCAGCAGCAGCAGCAGCAGCAGCAGCAGCAGCAGCAGCAGCAGCAGCAGGUGUCGCUGCAGUGCGGGGUGUUUCUGCUGCCGCACCCGGAGAAGCAGCAAACUGGCGGGGCCGACGCCUUCUUCAUAGCAGCAAAAGGGAAGGGCCAAAUGGUGGCUGUGGGGGUGGCUGACGGCGUGGGCGAGUGGGACGCCUUCGACUUGAACCCGCGCCUCUUCGCUGAGGAACUCAUGCGCGGCUGCUGCCGCGCAGCAGCAGCAGCAGCGCCAGCAGCAGCAGCAGCAGCAGCAGCAGCAGCGCCAGCAGCAGCAGCAGCAGCGGGAGCGGCGGCGGACGAAGCGCCCCGCGAGCCGCCCCGCGGAGCCCCUGCCCCCCCC